UAGGAGCAAGUAAGAUGGCAGCGGCCGUAGUGCAAAUGUCGUGUUUGUAUCGCGGGAUAUUAGCGGUCAGAACGACAGGAAUCAGGCCGCUGAUUCCCGGAGUGGUGCCAAUGCAGUUACGUUCUUUUUCGAUGAAGAAAGAACCAGAGUUAGAAGAUAACCCCUUCUACAACAAAUAUGAAGAGAAGAUAAAGCAGCUACGCAGCACCAAACCGCAGGAGUUCAAUGCUCGACUGGAGAAGCGGGCCGAAGUGAAGAGAGCUCCCCUGGGACACUCCAGGCAGGGAGAGUUCAUUAAAGUCAUGGAGCAGGAGUUGGAAAAACGAGACAAGCGUGCAGCAGGAAGUGGGGGAUUUACCAAAGACAAGACACUUGGAUCCAUCCUUAAUAUUGACAUGGUCCAGAAUAUGUCAGGAGAGGAAGUUGGUGAGCUCUGGAUGAAGUAUUUUUCUACAAAAGACACUAUCAGUGCAGUCAUACCAGGGGGAAUAUUUGACGUCAUGUACAACAGAGCCAAGGCCUGCCCCAUGUUCCUGUACGCUCUGCCUCAGAAGGAGGGCUACGAGUUCUUCUUGGGUCAGUGGUCAGGCCAGGAGCUGCACUUCACCUCUUUGAUUAACGUUCAGACCAUGGGAGAGAAUGCCCCCAGCCAGCUGAUUCUGUACCAUUACUCGGACCUGCAAAAGGAAAAAGGCAUCGUUCUGAUGACUGCAGAGAUGGACGCCAAGUUUAUAGGUGUUCACCAGGCUCAGUGUUUAGCCAAUCAGGUGCAGCUUUUCUAUGGAACCCAGCGGCAGGAGACCUUCCAUUUGGUUGAGACCUUUAACCACAAACCAGCAGAUUUUAAACACAUGUCAGUGAUAGCGGAGUUGGAGCAAAGUGGUGUUAGUCCAGGAGUCUCCCCUGCAAGGUCAUAGACAAGAUGGGACAAAGGACAUGAGGAGCAGCAUAAUCCCUCAGCUGUUAUAUUGAAAUGGGGGAAUUGCAGCUUGUUCUGAUUAUUUUGACAUAGACAUGCCAUUCUCCCUUUGGACUUUGGACCUCAGUUGGUUCUCUGGACAGGUAAAUGCAAGGGAAGAUGAUGGGGCUGUCUUAUUUCCUGAAAUUCUGGAGUUCAUUGUGAUCAUCAUGGUAAAAGCUCAGACAGGGUUGUUCAAACUGUGGUUAAAGCCUUAAACAUGAUUUCAUUUUCAUAUUUUAUUUGUAUCGAACUGAUGCAUUGGAUGUUUUGGACUGAAUUACCCUGGAAAUAACACAGUGAGCGAACUUUCAGGUGUCUCUUACUCCAAGACAUGCACAACCAAUGUGAAAAGGAUGCCUGAGAGGGAUGUAUGGAGUGCUACCCAUUUACUUGUCAUCACAUAUACAGCCUGUUAAGCGUGGACUGAAGGACAGGACUGUUUACAUGAUCAACUGUAUUGUUUUGUUCACUUAAGACACCCUUAACCCAUUGUUUUAUUUUACAAAUGUUAUCCAUGAUAUUUGAAAUACAUUGGAUAAGGCAGACAGGAAGGUAGACUGAUAAACAUAUGUUGCGUUGUGGCAAGGAUGAAUGACUCAGGACGUGAGGCGUUCAGUAUCCCUCUGGUUACUGAAUUGCGGAAAACGCUUCAAAAGAAAUCCUGGACUGUACUGUGAGUACGAAAUCCAGUUAGCGUUUAUGGGCG